CACUUCCCUCUUUCAACCGGAGGUAGGUGGCCCACCAGUCUUCCGCUAACAAAUUGCGGGUCGUUGAAGAGGAGAUGGAAAACUUCAUCCUGUAUGAGGAGCUUGGUAAAGGCUGCAGUUCUGUUGUCUAUAAAGGAAGAAGAAAAGGCAGUCUCAACUAUGUAGCCAUCAACUGCACAGAGAAAUCCAAGAGACCAGGGAUAUCUAAUCACGUACGACUCAGUCAUGAUCUGGAGCAUCCAAAUAUAGUUCGCUUCUACGAAUGGUAUGAGACAAUUAAUCACCUUUGGUUGGUAGUGGAGCUCUGUACAGGUGGUUCCCUGGAAUCUGUAAUUGCUCUUGAUGGAAGUCUUUCAGAGGAUGUGGUGAGAAGGUUUGGAUGGGACUUGGUCAAAGGACUGAAACACAUUCAUGAAUUCGGAAUCAUUAUGUCUGACGUGACUCCUGCUAAGAUUUUUCUAGAUGGUAGUGGCAUUCUGAAGUUUGGUAACUUCUGCUCAUCAAAGGCUGAGGGAGAGACACUGGAAGACAUGUUUACUUUUCUCUCUACAUCUGAGGUGGGAGAGAAGGAAGAAGAAAACAUAGACAACGUUGAAAACAUGAGGAAAAUAUUUCAAGGUUCUCCAACCUACUGUGCUCCAGAGGUUUUGCAAGGAUCAGAAUCCAAUAUAAGCUCUGAUCUCUGGGCUCUUGGUUGCAUUCUCUACUAUAUGUAUACUGGUAAACCACCUUUUUGCUCUAAUAGUGACACUGAACUGAGAGAGAUGAUUUUGCAUCAGGAACCACCACCUCCCAGUCAGACGAGUCCCCCCAGUCAGGACUUCCAGAGUCUUCUGAAAGGCUUGCUCAGUAAAAAUCCAGAUAAGAGGAUGAGCUGGCCUGAGUUGCUGGAUCACCCCUUCUGGACACAAGUAAAGAAGGAAGAUGAUGCAGAAGAUGUUGAAGAAGACUUGGAAGAAUGCAAUAAAGAUGAAAACACUAUCUGUGAGAGAGGUGGCUGUGUUAGCUUCAGACACACAAGUACAUGUGGCCUUUUACCUCCAGAACAGACAGACAUUCUACCUGAUGCCCAAUCAGCCAUCACCCAGCAAGGCUCUGGGAUGUCAAAGAAACUAAUCUCUUCAAAUGCAACAAGUACAGCUAAUGAAAGAUCAUGUGACAGAGAGACUGACUGCCAAGAAUCUGUCAAACACAUGUUCUGUGAAACCUUAAAGUACAGCCAGGAUGUGCAUGUGAUGAUGGGAAAGGAAAGAAGAUGGGAGAGGAAAGUAAAGAUUGGAGAUGAUCCUGAGUCUAUUGGGGAGCAGCAAAUGUGCCAAACAUUACAGCACAAUAAAUCAUUUUCUACAGAGCUGCUUCCAAAGAGUGGUGUGGAUGAGGACAACACUGAGGCAAUCUUCCUGCUUAGCUCCCGAACCAACUCAAGGAGUUGCAAUGCCUCUGACUCUCCAAACCAGAACCCUGCACUUGAGGCUGGCACAGGCUCCAGUUUCACAAACUGUGUGAAGGUUCUUCUCCAUACUGACUCUGACCUAACUGUUACCCCUAUCAUCGAUAAUCCCAAGAUUCUUAAGAAUGCUCCUGUGCGAUUUGAUUCCAAAUCCCUUUGUGUACCAGCUUAUUCCGUUGAGAAGCUGCAGUCUUUUAAUGAGGAGGAGUGGGCUGCUUUCCUGUCACAGCUCUGUUUGUCCCUUGAAGAUCAGGGCUCAUCCACUGGUCUUCCCUCAUCCAGUGCUCCUCCUCAGGCAACUGCCAUUCGAUCUAAACUCAACCUGUUGUGCUACCUCUGCUGUGUAGUUGGACAUACACUCAUUGCUAACAAACUGAUUAACUCAACGCUGCUUUUAGUAUUGACUCAGCAAUUACGACAAGCCCCAAACUGGGAUGUGCGGAGCAAGGUUCUCAGAGUGAUGGCUCUCCUGGCUCUGCACUGCAGUCACCUUGAAGAGGCCACUCCCGUGUCUGAGGCUGUGUCCACACUAACAGAUCUGCUGAGAGUUAAUCUCAGAAAUAGUAAACUGAAGCAGUUUCUGCUGCCACCCCUUGGGGAGUUCCUCUACCUCAUCUCCUCUCAGGAGGAGAAGAGAGGCUCCCCAGAGGGACUAUGGUUCGUUCCCGCUGCCGCCUACACUGGCUUAAUGAGGAGCCUGCGGGAAGGGGAUGAUGCUGUCGUUCAUCAUAUGGCUGCUAAAGCCAUAGAGAACAUCUGCACAGUGGUAUCUGACCCAUCUCAUCAUCUGGUUACUACAGAGAUAGGCUCUGCACUGUGGUACCUGUUUACUCACUCUACAGUGGAGGCUGUCAGAAUCACUGCCAUCUCUUCUCUUUCUAGACUAACCCGGGUGGACCCAGCAGUCUUCUUGGCAGUGAUUGACACCUGUGGCCCUACAGCUGUCUUAGAGGCUUUAGGUGGAGCAGGGGCCAGGGUGCAGCAUCACCUGCUCACUGCUGUGGCCACUGCCUUACUUGCUUCACACAUCCAAACUCAUCGUAUUGCCCAGAAUGAGGAUUUGGUGUUGAAGGUGCUGCGUUGUCUUGAGAAUUCAUCCACAGUAACACGAGCUAAAGCAUUACUGCUUCUGCUGCUGCUGAUACAGGACAACACAGAUACGCUGCUUUACUGCUGCCAGCACAGACUUGUGAUGCACCUGGAGAGAGACCUGCGCAAAGCCACUCCUCUCAGGGAGAACUCCAGCCAAUCAGAACACCUGUUCCAGUGUCUGGAUUUACUGGUUGUACACCUGAGUAACACUGCAUCUGCAAUAAUGGAGGCUGUCUUAAGUGCACUGAGAUGUGUGAUUGGAAGGAGGCAUCCAUCUACAGUUCAGGGUAGACAGCUAAAACAGACUUUGCCAACUUUGUCUGUAGUGCUGGAGCUUCUCUCAUCUCAGAUCUUCAGAUCUCGAGUCGUAACCAAAGAGCUUCUGGAUCAAAUUGGAUUGAUGCUGGGCUAUAUUACUUCCGUAGAAUCCAAUGAGACUAAUUUGGCCAGUGCUGUGGGUGCAGCAAUAUGUGAAGAGCUGAUUAGAACAACUCUGUCCUGUGUGGAAGUCCUAAGUCAGCAUCAUAUGCUCAUCACACCUUAUCAUUGCACUGUUGUGGAUGCUGUCCUGCCUCCUCUGACAACACUUGCUUUCAGCAAAAAUGUGGAGUGGUCAGUGUUUGUUUUAAAGAUGCUGUCCGAACUAAGUCCGGUCCUGCUGGUCCAUGAUGAUGAUGAUGAUGAUGAUGGCAGUGACAAUGCUGAGGAAAAUGAAGAAAGGACUAAGGAAAGGAGACAGAAAGAAGGGGCAAAAGAAAGAGAGGAUGGAAAAUCCUUAAGUCAAGUUGUAUCGUUCUUCACUAACUGUCUGCUUUCAAGGUAUGAGUCUCUUCUUCGUGCAACUGAGCCAGUCCCACUCUACGCUCUCAAAUUGCUGGUGUCGAUGACUGAACACAGCACUCACAUCUGCAGGUUGAUCAAACACAGCAGGAUCCUACCACUAGUUUUUCAGCUCAUUAUGUCUAACAGUGUGACCAGUGGAGUGGUCCAAAAUGCAGUCGUAUUGUUGUGUAAUCUAAAUGGAGACACAGUCUUGGAUCAAGAACCACUACAUCAACAAGGGCUUAUAGAGGUGAUGGUGAAUACUCUCUCGGAAGCUGUACGAGUCUACUUGGAUGGAGAGGGGCUUACUGGGAGGAAAGUCAGCCAUCUUGUAUUGCAAGCCCUUUUGGAACUUCUUCACAAAGUCCUAAAGCAAACCUUGGUUGUUGUCCGAGCUGCACUGCAGAGCCAGAGGCUAUCUUGUCCAGCAGCAGAGACGGAGGCAGCAGAGAAGCUGCUCGUGGCCAAUAGACCCCUGAGCCAGCUCAGCACACACCUCAUUCACAUGCUGUGUACCGAUAACCCGGAGAUGUGGGAGGAGUCUCUUCAAUGUCUGUCCUUCCUGGUACAGCUAUACAGUGGAGAGGGUCAUGACUGCCUGUCACCUUCCUGCUUACAAAGCUUCUCACACGUGAUGCGCACUCGCAUGAACAUGGAGCCACCCCGAAUGCAACGCACAACACUAAGGAUCAUUAAACGGCUGAUACAGACUACCAGCAGGUCUGAUUGGCUAGAAUCUCCUGAAGGGGCAGAGCUAAUAAGUCUACUGCAGGAUUUGAUGACCUCCAACAGGUGUCACGUUGAUGUAAUUCCACUGGCUGGAGAAAUCCUUCAAGAGAUCCCCAGAUCCUAGAAGCUUUCAUCUUCAAACCUUGAAUUAACCAGAGAUGGUGUGAUGUUUUUUAAUUCACAAGAACUUGUAUACAAAUGUCUGAUGAGCUCUUCCAAGUAGAAUAUUUUCCCUUUUCUUCUUUUUAAAGAAUCAAUUGCUAAAUUGUACCAUCAGAGUAUAAUAAGUUUUGGAUAACAAGUCUUAAAAGAAAAGGCAUUUGUUUAACUUCUUGAUCAAUAAGCACUUAUUAAUGAACAAAAUAAAGACAUAUGUAGUUUA